CGGCACUUCAUCAUGCUGCUCUUCCUCAUAACGAGCGUUCUAGCAUGGCUAUCCUCACUAUUGCAUCCUCAUAAACAGACAUGCGACCGCUUGACACUGCACCGGAUCCCUGGGAUCCACAGCUUGUCCAUCGAGACCCGAGAAAGGCACAAUUACAGCUUCCCGGCCGUUCCCCCGUUCAACUCUACUGAUGUUUCUGAUCUCAACUUCUGCGACGUCACCGUCACCCUGACCCACCCUGGAGGCGAUGAUUUCGUGACUGUUUCAGUAUGGCUCCCAUUAACCGAUUGGAACGGACGAUUCCAAGCCACCGGUGGUGGCGGAUUAGCAGCUGGAUAUAUCGGUCCCGCGCAAGCAGCAGCCGUCAAUCAGGGCUAUAACUACGCUCAUCGCUCCAUUCACGAUAUAACCGUGGUCGGAAAGGCGCUCACCAAGAACUUCUACGGCGUCCCUCCGAAGUACUCCUACUGGAACGGCUGCUCCACCGGCGGCCGACAGGGAUAUUUCGCGGCAGCCCUAUAUCCAGACCAUUUUGAUGGCAUUCUGGCUGGAGCUCCCGCCCUUAAUCUUCCGCAUCUGUUUUCGUACUUGUUUUGGGCUCCAGUCCUGAUGAUCAACUCGGUUAAACCACCGCAGUGUAUCUUCCAAGCGUUCCAACAAGCAAUUAUCGAAGCCUGCGACCCGCUUGACGGUGCCAUAGACGGCUUAAUCUCCGACUACGACCCAGAAAUCUGUGACUUUGACCCCGAAACCCUAAUCGGCGAAACCAUCGAAUGUCCCGAGCUCGACUCCGACAUCAAUAUCACAUCCGAACACGCCGACCUGGUCAACCAAAUCAUCCAAGGCCCGCACUUAUCAGACGGCCGCCGACUCUGGUACGGUCUUUCCCCCGGGGCCUCGUUCUACGGAGCCGCAAACACGGAGACAACCAACGGAAGCACGAUCAUAAAGCCCUUCUUCCCUGCCAUCGGAUGGGCGAAGCACUUUGUCUUCCAAGAUCCUGAUUACGAUAUAUUCUCAAUGGAUUUUGAAGACUUUGACACCGUCGCCAUCCUCUCCAUAGCACGGUAUACUGACCUUCUCGGCUCGGACGGGCAUUAUCUGUAUGAUUUCCAAGACGCAGGAGGGAAGCUCCUAUCGUGGCAUGGGUUAGCGGAUGAUCUCAUUCCUCCGUCUGGGACGCUUCGGUACUGGGAUCGGAUCGAAGAGGAUAUAAAGGAUGUGGAGGAGGUGGAUGAGUUCUAUCGGUUGUUUUUGGCCCCGGGAGUGGGUCAUUGUGGGGGUGGGUAUGGGCCUGUUCCGGUGGAUCCGUUGGGGGCGUUGGUGAGGUGGGUGGAGGAGGGUGUGCCGCCGGAGAUGUUGGGUGCUACGAGGGUGAAUAGGGAGGGGGAGGUGGUUACGAGGAAGUUGUGUCGGUAUCCAUUGGUGUUGGUGUAUGAUGGGGAAGGGGAUGUUAAUGAUGCGGGGAGCUUUUCGUGUGAGAGAUCCUGA